AUGUAUCACGACAACCCAUCGUCGCGGUCUCCCGGAUCCCAGCGUCAGCAACAGUCUCUACACCGCCAGUCCUCUCGCCAGUUUGACGCGUACGGCCCGAUGCCUUCCAGCAACCCUUACGAAGAUCCACUGGCUCGGUACGAUACCAGUCGACUCGACCGGCUGAAUCCUUUGCAAGGUUCCACCUACAGUUACGAAAUGUCCGGCUCGCAAACCUGGAACCCCAAUGGGUUCAGUGGUGCUCAUACUCUGGGAGGAAUUAACUCUGCCACUGGCAGGAUGAAGCCUGCGACUCGAGGCAGAGCGGGGCUCCCAACGACGUGGCUGGAUCAGCAACCCGGCAUCCCCAGCCCUUUUUCAGGUGGCCUGGGCCAGGGCCAAAGCCAGGGCCAGAAUCAGAACCAGAGCCAGCUUCCCGGUUCUCAGGUUCAGAAUCCUCCCCCGGCAAACCAGGAGGGAGAGGACGAGCUGAUUCCGACCGCCAUCGUCAUCAAGAACAUUCCUUUUGCCGUGAAGAAGGAGCAGCUGGUACAGCUGAUGACGGAGAUGAACCUACCACUGCCUUACGCGUUCAAUUACCAUUUCGACAAUGGUGUCUUCCGUGGUCUUGCCUUUGCAAACUUCACCACGCCUGAAGAGACUGCUACGGUGAUCGAGUGUUUGAAUCACUUUGAGCUCCAGGGACGUAAACUGAGGGUUGAAUACAAAAAGAUGCUGCCGCUUCAGGAACGUGAGCGCAUCGAGAGAGAGAAACGAGAGCGACGUGGACAGCUCGAAGAACAGCACCGGCCCAUGGCUGCAUCGCAACUGCAGUCGCAGAGCUCCAUGUCCUCGCUCACUUCACACAUGCCCACGACUUCUCCGUCCCCUGUUUCCAACCGCAACUCAAAGUUAGAGGUGGACCUGAACGACAGUCAGACCUUGCAGUUCUAUUCUCAACUCCUUCUUUUCAAGGAAGACCCCAGUCGUGAAGCCUUGAUCUUCCCAUCGACCUUGACCCCGCUUCAACGUCGCACGGUACACACUUUGGCUCACAACAUGGGCUUGGGGCAUGCCUCUCGCGGCACUGGUGAUCAGCGCCAGGUGCAUGUGUUCAGGACUGCUCCCGGUUCCACCAGUUCCAAUGUCAGUCCCCCUACAUCCUCGAUCCAGCCAACAACGAUCCAUGCAUCGGACGCUUCCCGUCGCAGUCUGAAUCGGGCGGCCACGAUUGAUUUCGGCGAAUCCCGGAGUGAUGGACCCGGUGCAUUCGGGACUUUGCGUGGUCAGAAUUCCAACUUUCUCGGAGUCCUGGACUCGCCUGGUGGCUUCGGAAACUCCCAGAACUUGCGGGCUGCCAAGUCUUUUGCGGACCUGCGGUCCUACACUCCGUCUCCUGUUCUCUCCUCGGCGAGCUUCCCUGCCACUUUGCAGUCCAACGGAACGCGUCUUCAGCAGCAGUAUGAUGGUGCCACCAGUGGAGCUUCGAACACACCCACUUUGACCCCGACGCCGUCUGGAUCUUCUUUGGGCAUGCAGCGGGAUGAAAAUCUGCUGGUGAACAGCUUGGGUGGACUGUCUCUUGGAACUGGCAUCGGCGGCCCGACCUCUGGUAGCCCCAGAAGGCUGCGAGGAAUGUUUUCUUGGGAACAACAGGAUAAUAACCAGACUCCAUCCACCACGGCCGGGCCUAUCGGAAGCAACCGUACGAUCGGUGUCGGGUUCGACAACCAGUCCCAGGAGCGUCUGCCUGUGAGACAGCCACGAGGCCCAGCCCCAGAACGUGGAUCUGGCUUUCGACGCCAGAAUGGACACCAGUCGCGUGGCAGCGAUGAGCUUCGUACAAACUCGGGAGUCGAGAUAAUCGUUGAAUAG